AUGACCGGGGUGGCCUGGUCCGACGAGGAGGUCGGCGGCUGGUGGGACGGCGGACUGGCCGACGAGGCUGGAGGACCGCAUUGGGGCGGACGGGUGGGCAAGCGGGCGGCAGGGGCUCGGCCUGGUACGCUGCAGGCGGUGGUGGUCUUCACCCGGCAUGGCGACCGGACGCCGGUCCAUGCGCUGCCCGAGGAUGACAAUGAGUGGCCGCAGGGCCGCGGUCAGCUGACCGGGCGCGGCAUGGCGCAGCACGUGGCGCUGGGCCAGCGGCUAAGGGCCAACUACUCGGCGCUGCUAGCCAUGGAGACGUACUCGGUCUUUGACGUCUACGCCCGUGCCACCGCUGUCGAUCGGACCAUCCAGUCGGCGCAGGCGCUGCUAGCCGGGCUCUUCCCGGCCGGGACCGGCCCGGCCGACUCGCCGGAGCGGGUGCAGUACGUGCCGAUCCACUCGCGACCGGUGGUCUACGACACGCUGCUCCGCGGGUACAACAACUGUCCCGAGUUUGACGCACUGGAGAAGGCGCGCCAGAGCUCGCCAGAGUUUGUGGCCAAGGCUGCGGACGUGGCAACGCUGGCCGAGACGCUGGCUGAGCUCGCCGGCGAAGAGGUGACGCUCGGCAAGUGGUACCUGAUCUACGACCCACUCUUCUGUGCGUGGUCGCACGGCAAGCCGCUGCUCAACGGCAAGGUCACGCUCCCGAUGCUCGACGACAUCAUUGCCACGGCCGACUGGGUCACGGCUCAUACCUUUUCGCACGACAAGGCCGGCAAGCUGGCUGGUGGCAACAUGGUGGCCACUCUCCGCGACUUGUUCCAGGCCUACGUGGCGCCGCCGCCGCCACCGCCGGCCGCUGCUUCCGAGGGCUUUACAGCCUCGCCAUCGCCGUCGAUCGGCCCUGGCGAGCUGCCCGCCGACCUCCGCAAGUUCUACCUGCUCUCUGCCCACGACACAACGCUGGCGUCGCUCCUGGCAGCGCUUCCAGUCACCGAAGCCGGUGGCAUUCCGCCGUACGCCUCGUCAGUCGUCUUUGAGCUGCACAUAACCGAUACUGGGGCGGCGUACGUCUCGGCGUUUUACAAUGACGCCCCGCUGGUCUUUUCCGGCGGCAUCUGCGUCAGCGCCGCGAGCGUGGCGCUGGACACCCGGAGCGACGCGUGCAUCGUACCGCUGGACGCGUUCCUCGACGCUACUCGUGAUUCAUUCUACGACGAUUGGGACGCGGCAUGCGGGCGGGAGACAGCCUCGUCGCCGAGCCCGGCGCCUGCGGCCGGGCCGACAGAUGCCGGCACGGUGGCUAUCAUCCUGCUGCUGGUGUGCGGCGUGAUUGGGUGCGUUGCUGGUGGCGGGUACUGGUACCACAGGCGCGGCUCCAGCCGGUACCACCACAUGCUCGGCGACGAUCUGUUUACGCCCGACGCACUGGCGGUGCUGGAGCCUGGUGGGCGGCGGGGAGCCGGCUCGUGCUCGUCGUGCUCGUCGGACGGACACAACUCCUUUGCGCCCGGCGACGAGCUCUGA